AAAAUCAAAAUUAUAGUCAUCCACUCAUCAGUGCUAACUGUUAUUGUUUAUAUUUGUAAAGGAAAAAUAAAAAUAAGUACAAACCAUAAUCCAAAAUGUUUUAUAUAGUUGGUUUAGGAAGUGGAUUUUUAAAAGAUAUUACCGUAAAAGGCUUAGAAAUUGUCAAGAAAUGUGAUAAAGUUUUGCUUGAAGGAUACGCAUUAACUGAAGGUCAAGAAAAUCUGGAAGUGUUUUAUGGGCGACCGGUAAUUGUUGUCGAUCGUGAAUUAUGCGAAAGUAAUAUCGAUAAUAUACUGAAGGAAGCAAUUCAUACUGAGGUAGCAUUACUUGUUUAUGGAGAUCCCUUGGACGCUACGACUCAUACUGAUAUGUUACUGAGAGCGAAGAAGUUGGGAGUUGAAACAAAGAUAAUUCACAAUCUAUCAAUAAUGAAUCGUGUCAGUUGCUGUGGAUUGAAAUUUUUUGAUUUCGGAAAUAUUGUUUCAAUUCCAUUGUGGACUGAGACAUGGAAGCCAAGCAGUUUUUUUUAUAAGAUUGUGGAUAAUUUUUCAAGAAACUUGCACAGCUUCUGUGUCUUAGAUAUUAGAGCGGACGGAUGUACAGAGCAGAUGCUCGUGAGUGAAGCUGCGUCCCAACUGGUGCAAAUUAUUGAAGCACAUCAAAAUUCAGAUAUAACUCAAUCGACACUAGUUGUGGCCCUGUCGCAUGUUGCUGCAGAUAAUAAAAAAAUAAUUGCCAGGAGUCUUGGUGAAAUGCAGAAUUAUAACGGUCCCACAGUACAGAGUUUAGUAAUACCAGCCCCUAUAUUACAUCCACGCGAGCGUGCUUACAUAAGAUAUUAUAGUUCUUAAGUUUGAUUUCAUUUAAGUUAAACUAUUAAAUUUCAUAAUGUAAAAAUAAAUUCACUAUGUAAGAUGACUUUAUUAGGUGCAUUAAAUAAAUAUUUUAUAAAGCUUGUGUUUAAUACAA